UCCUUGGUGUGUUGUGUUUCCUGAUUAUUACAAUACAUCUCAUUACUCAAAUAUACGUUUUUAAAAUAAUUGUUUUACGUCAUAAAGACACUAGGCAGUCACUUUUGAAACAGUUCGCGUGACGUGAACGUUUAGCUUGGUAGUUGUCAUGAAAAGUGUCGCCAAUCACUGUUAAUAUUUAUAUAGCUAGCAGCCUGCAGCUAUCCACUUAUGUGAGGACUUCAUAUUCCCGCUGCUGGUCUCAAACAUGAGGAGAAUAUCCAGGAAAAAGGCUCUGACUCUGGUGAAAGAACUGGAUGCUUUCCCAAAAGUGCCGGAGAGCUACGUGGAGACAACUGCCAGUGGGGGGACAGUGUCUCUGGUAGCUUUCUCUCUCAUGGCUGUCCUCGCCUUCCUGGAGUUCUUUGUGUACAGAAAUACAUGGAUGAACUAUGAAUACGAAGUGGAUAAAGACUUUACCAGCAAACUCAGGAUAAACGUGGACAUCACUGUCGCCAUGCGAUGCCAGUAUAUAGGAGCAGAUGUCCUGGAUCUGGCAGAGACCAUGGUUGCUUCUGAUGGUUUAGAAUAUGAACCAGUCAAGUUUGAACUCCCACCGGAGCGAAAACUGUGGCACAUGACUCUUCUUCACCUCCAGGAGCGUCUCAGAGUGGAGCACUCUCUGCAGAACUUGCUCUUCAAGUCUGCAAUGAAAGGACCUCCUCCUGCUCCGACUCAGAGUGACGAGAGCUCCAGUUCACGCAGUGCGUGCAGGAUACAUGGACACCUGUACGUUAACAAAGUGGCGGGGAAUUUCCACAUAACUAUUGGCAAGUCCAUACCUCACCCCAGAGGGCAUGCCCACCUCGCUGCACUAGUCAGCCAUGACUCUUACAACUUCUCUCAUCGAAUUGACCAUUUAUCAUUUGGAGAAGAGAUCCCUGGACUGAUCAACGCUCUGGAUGGCACAGAAAAGAUCACUACUGAUGCAAACCACAUGUUCCAGUACUUCAUCACCAUUGUGCCCACCAAGCUAAACACUUACAAAGUGUCUGCAGAAACGCAUCAGUAUUCUGUCUCAGAGCGGGAGCGAGUCAUAAACCACGCUGCAGGCAGCCACGGAGUCUCAGGGAUCUUCAUGAAAUACGACAUCAGCUCACUGAUGGUCAAAGUCACCGAGCAGCAUAUGCCUCUCUGGCAGUUUCUCGUCAGACUCUGUGGAAUCAUUGGAGGCAUUUUUUCUACAACGGGCAUGAUCCAUGGAAUUGUGGGAUACCUGGUUGAUGUGGUUUGCUGUCGUUUCCAAAUGGGGAUCUACAGACGUACACAUGCUCCUCUGAACGGACAAGGAGACGGUCAAAUUUUCGGUCCUACAGAAAGUUACACUGAGCAAUGACAGGAAAGCUCUCCCUCUGAGCCAGGAGCGACAAUAAUAUGCUGGGUUUACAUUUGUUUGAAACUUGGACCUUUUUGUAAUUUCCCUUUUUGCUGGAACUUUCUUUUUACCGUUAGCGUACCAAAAUCGGAUUCAGUCAGUCAUGCACUUGUUAAUUAUUACCUCCAAUAAAUAUAAAGAAAACUGAAGGUUUGCAAUAGACAAAGCAUAUUGGCCCAGUUCUUGUUUAGCUUUUUACUAAUUUGUUUUUUUAAAGAGCAAUGAAACUAUUUUACAUUAGUUGAAACAUUUUUCUGAGCUUAGGGAAGUUUUUAUGUUUAAACACCUGUAUGGAUGUGACGUGCCUUUUUAAGGGGUAUUAUUAUAGGAAAGGGGUUGUGUUAUAUUAGAUAAUGUGUGAAUAGAAAUUGACUUUCAAACUACAACAAUACUCUAUGUUGGUUGAAAAUUGUGUAGCCUAAUGUUGCAAGGAUUUAUUUAUUGAUGGAUUAUUUGUGAAAUCCCAUUGGAGAUCGAACAUGUGCCCUUUUUCUGUAAAAAAACAGAAUCUCAAUAAGUUGUUUUUUCUUAAAAUAAGUGCAUUUUUUCUUGAAUUAAGGAGGUGAGUGAGACACUUAGCCAAUAGAACAAGAUGAUUUACAUUUAAAACAUGAAAAACAAUUGCAAUGUCUUAUUUCAAGUGCAUAUUAUCUAAUUAUCUUAUUUAAAAAAAAAUACCCAUUCCAUUGGCAGAUCAUCCUAUUUACAUACUAAAAUUAACGGUAAAUGCACUUAAUUAAUUAAACGUUUACUUAUUUCUAGAUACAUUUUUUUGCAGUGUAGUUGGUCAUUUGCAGGUCUGCAGUGCCAAAUUUUCUCAAUAUGCCCCUCUUCCCACAAAGGCUUUGCAGUGUCAUGUCUGCAGUCAUAAAACCUUAGCUCAUCACAUGCUGAGUGGGAACAAGGUGACGGUGGAACGUGUGUAGUUGGUUAAAUAACACUGGAGAACCUUUUUUUUUUUUUUUU